UAUCAAGCCAAGAGCUUUUGGUAGAUCUUUUAGCUUUUUUUCUCUGCUCUCAGCUUGGGAAAACAAAGCAGCAAGCUCUAACAUGGCUCUCGCUGGUAUCCUGACUGAUGCUGAAAUUACCGCUGGCCUACAGAGCUGUCAAGCUGCAGAUACCUUUAAUUACAAAACCUUUUUUGCCAAAGUGGGUCUGUACUCCAAGUCAAAAGACCAGCUGGCCAAAGUUUUUGGGAUCCUAGACCAGGACAGGAGUGGCUUUAUUGAGGAAGAUGAACUGAAACUUUUCCUGCAGAAUUUCUCUGCCAGUGCUAGAGCUCUCACUGAUGCUGAGACCAAGGCUUUCCUGGCAGCAGGUGACAGUGAUGGAGAUGGUAAAAUUGGAGUGGAUGAGUUCCAGGCCCUGGUUAAAUCUUAA